CAUUGUCUUCAGUUUGUAACAUGAACCUAACUUUUAGCAUAUACCUUGGAAUUUUCUCCCUUCUGGGAAAGGGUGCAAGUGCCCUUAAUUUCACAUCUAAUUUAUCAGCAUUAGCCACAGGUAUUGUGAGUACACAAUCUAAACAAAUUGAAGGGGCAACUGACAAACUAAUUAGUAACGUAAACAACAACGUAAUUAAUAAUUUGAACGGACUCAAGAAGCAAAUAUUAAUAUCAGUGGUAGACAUUCCUCGAGAUUCAACAGAUUCAAUCGCUAAAGCUUUGUCGAAAAUACAGAAAAAUAGGAAUAUUUUAAGUAGAGACACCGAAGCCAUCAUUAACGACGCCUUUAGGAAUUUAAAUCAGGACGAACGAACGGUUUUAAAAGGGUUCUUGAACGAAACUAUAACUGAUAUUAUUGCAAAUAAAGGAAGAGAACGUGAUGCUGUAAACGUGUUAAAACAAGCAGUGGAAUUGAUAAAGAAAUGCAUCACAAGCGCCUUGAAUUCGUUAGCCGAAACGAUUAAAAAUGCUGUAAUAAAUCAGUUCGAAGUACUCGCAGAAGCACGAGCCAAUGGUACUUUAACUAAAGCUAAUAUUGAUGAGGUGUUGGGAGUACUAAAGAAGAACAUAAGAGAAUUGGUAUCAAAACAGUCGACCAAUCCAAUAUUCAUGUGGAAAGUUAUAACUGCAAUUGUUGGUGACGUGUUAAAUUUGGGUUUGGAACCAAUAGCUUUAGGUCAAGAUUUGGCGGACCUUUCUUUGUAUCAGAAGAACUUAAAGACGGGUCUUGAGGAACGACUGGAUGGUUGGAUCAGGGAAUCCAAUAAAGUAUCAAAUGUCCAAGGUAUUAAAGCCUUGUAUGAAGACUUAAAUGAGGUAAUUGACAAUAAUGCCACCAGUUUAUCCAAUUCAGUCGCCACAGCAAUUAGGGCUGUAAUUGACAAUUUGCAAGUAUCUUACGAUAACGUCUCUGAUGCAUUAGAUAGGGGUUUGUCUUCGUUGCCUGAACAGUUAAAAAACAACAUUAAACACCUUUUGGGAAGUGUUGUUCCGGGAGUUAUAAAAGCUGCACAAUCUGUCGGGGAAUCACAAACGUACAUCAAGGCUUCUAUUAAAUCUCAUUUGGAGGAUCUGAUUAAUUACGUCAAAGGAGUAAUAGUGUAUCAACAAAACAAUUUAAAAGCAAAGGUAGCUGAUGCUGUAACCGAUUUGUAUUUACUUGGAGAUGAUAACAAAUUAACUACUCUCAAAGCUAGGCGAAUUUUGCGUGAGCUUAAACAUAAGAAAUUGAAGUUACCUCAAUCGAUGCUUGAUUAUGUUCAAUCUAUGUAUAUAGUUUCAAAACUUCUUACUUUAUUGUAAAAAAAUAUUUAAUUAUUGAAGACAGUAGUAGUUAGUAGGUGCG